AUGUCGGUAUCAGCAUUGGAUUCCCGAGUGUUUCGGAACCUCUUUGGGACACACGAGAUUCGAGGUGUCUUCUCGGAUGAAGCAUAUGUUCGUCGGAUGGUAGAGGUGGAGGCUGCUCUAGCUCGAGCACAAUCGCAGAUCGGAGUCAUUCCAGUCGACGUGGGUCAGGUUAUCGCCAGAUCUCUCAUAAACACACCGAUAGAUUUCGACCGACUUUCCAACGAGACAGACAUCGUCGGGUAUCCCGUCCUCCCACUCGUUCGUCAGCUUGUCGAGAAGACGCCGCCUGAUACGGCCAAGUAUAUACAUUGGGGAGCCACGACUCAAGACAUCAUGGACAACGCCGCAAUGCUCCAGAUGCGUGAUGGACUCCAGAUUGUCAAACACCAUCUGAACGAAUUAACGGCUAUUCUCCGACACCUCUCGCAAAAGUACCGCGACACACCGAUGGCAGGACGGACACAUCUCCAACAUGCCCUGCCAGCUACGUUCGGAUACAAAUGUGCCGUAUACUUAUCCAGCAUACUCCGACAUUCCGAACGUCUCCCUGAAAUUGAGAAAAGGUGUCUCUUGGUUCAAUUUGGCGGGGCAGUAGGCACUCUCGCUUCAUUGGGAUCAGACCACACCGGACUCCGCGUCCGAGAGCAUCUCGCGAGAGAGCUCGGAUUGAUGAAUCCCAGCAUCACCUGGCACGCUGCUCGCGACAACGUUGCUGAGAUAGUCAACUUCCUGGCCUUGGUAGGCGGAUCGUUGGGCAAAAUCGCCUACGACUUGAUCCUAAUGUCCUCAAAUGAGCUGGGUGAAGUAUCUGAACCCUUUGUCCCGCACCGAGGAGCUUCCUCGACGAUGCCGCAGAAACGAAAUCCCAUCUCCAGCGAAGUCAUCCUCGCAGCUUCGAAGCUCCUUCGCGCAAAUGCCGGGCUGGUAUUGGAUGCCAUGGUCGCAGACUUUGAAAGAGCAUCCGGACCCUGGCACUUGGAAUGGGUGGCCGUGCCCGAAGCAUUUGUCCUUGUUGUUGGAGCCUUGCAUCAAACCAAUUUCGCUCUAAAUGGGCUCGUGGUCAAUACAGGCGCCAUGAUGAAGAAUCUCUUGUCCACGCAGGGAUUGAUUGUCGGGGAAGCUGUCAUGAUGAGUCUGGCACCUUACGUCGGUCGCCAACAAGCGCAUGAUCUGGUGUACGAGGCGUGCAAACAGUCAAUAGAAUCAGACAGACCAUUGCUGGAUAUCUUGAAAGAACGCUCAGCAAUAACAGAUCAAGUGCAUGAAGGUAAGCUGAAAGAGCUUUGUGACCCCGCCAAUUACCUUGGUGCAAGUCAACUUAUGGUGGACGAGGUAUUGAAUACCAUUGGGCAAUGA